UAUUAUGUUGCUGUAUCUCUGUUUCAGAAAAAAAUCAGAAGCUUUGGCCCUGGUGCAGGCUGGUGUAGUUGACAUCUCCAAGGCUACAUACUCAGUGCAGACCCGCCAGUCUCUGACACACCCAAACUGGUUGGAGCACAGGGGCCUUCACAACCUGGGCCUUUUGCAAUUGGAGGAGCCACUGGAAUUUGGUCCCCUUGUUGCACCUGUGUGCCUCUCAGACAAGGCAGAUGCAAUAGGUGACUUCAGAAAUUGUUGGCUACCAGGCUGGUCUGUGCUGGAAGGAGGCCCUGUCGUGCUGCUGAGACAUCCCCUAGACAUCCUGAGCGUCACCAGCUGCGACCAGCUUGGAGAGCAGCUCUCCAAUGCCAUAUUCUGUAUCAAGGCUCAAAUGGGCCCGGAAGGCGUCUGCACGGGUGAUGUGGGCUCUCCACUGAUCUGCCCUGACCCCCAGGGUGGGGCCUGGCUUCAGCUGGGGGUGCUGAGCAGUUUUGAUGAAGCCUGCUCCCGCCCCUAUGUCUUCAGCAGUCUGCCCCACUACCUGCCCUGGCUGGAGAGGACCACAAAGAUUGCAGGGUAUCGUUACAAUCGCACAGUUCCUUGGAAACACCUGAGGCCUGCGAAAAAUCUUAGGCAGCUACAGAAACCAGAGACCCUGGCUGCAUGGAUCUCAGCACAAUUGUCCUUGCCCUGGCAAGUGCUCAUCGCCACAUGUGAGAAUCAGAGCUGCGGGGGCUCAAUUCUGAACCGCUACUGGGUGUUGACUACAGCACAGUGUGUUCAACAGACGGACCCAGCAAACAUAGCUGUCUUUGUGAGGCUGACACACCCCAAGGGCCAUGCCAGAGGCAUCCAAGUUGCUGCAAUUUACCCUUAUGAGGAGACAACGCAGUACAGUCUCUCUGGCAGCGUGGCUCUGCUGCUGCUCCAGAAGCCCAUCGCCUUUGACCAACAUGUAGCUUCUAUGGAGUACUUCCCAAAGGAGCCUUGGGAUAGCUGCAAAGUGAUGGGUCUACAAAUGAUGCAAUCUGGUGAAAUUGGGGCUGACUCCAGCGCAUACCAAGUCAAGGUACUAAUGCCCUCAGACUGUGCCAAGGAACACCCUGGGGUCAAUCCAGGCAUGUACUGUGUUGUAAGAAAUAGCUCUAGCUCUCUGCCUGGUGCUGCCAUAGGUGAGGGUGCAGCCCUGCUGUGCCACUUGGAGGCCAAGAGCAUGAGAUGGAGCCAGGUUGGCUUGAUGAGUGAGCCCUUUCCGGGAUCCCAGAUGGUUGUUCUGUCCUCCAGCAUCACCUCCUAUGUGGACUGGAUAGAAAAAACGUCCAGACAAGCCAAGCACCAAUUAUUCCUGCCCCGUGGGAGAGCAGCAUCCUGUGGACCAAGUAGCUGGAUGCUCCUCCUGAUCCUGUCAUUUUUUAGGGAGGCAGAGUUAGGCUGAAGGGAGGAAGGAAGAAGUCAGCAACUCCAUUCUGGAACCCUCUUCAUACAGUGCUAUCUCAGCAUAUACAUACUGUAUAUAUAUUCGUGUGUUCCCAUUCCUACUGAAGGUGCUGAGUUGGAGGGUUCAGCUUCUGCAGUGGAUUACCGGGUGCAUGACUUUCUGUGCUGGAAGUGGCCCCACUCUCCUCAUCUCUGCAGGCACUAUGGGAUGUCCACAACCAAUUGCCAGGUGAAGGGCAGUUGCUACAGUUGCCUCCAGCAGUGGUCUAUCAAGUCUCAGCUGGAAUGGCCCAGAUGAGCACCUUUCCGGACAAUGCCAUCAACUAGAGGCCUGUCCCUGGGAGUGAGAGUCUAGCAACAAGUCUUAAGGCUACUGUGGACCUCUGCGUCAGCUAUUGCUUCAAUAAAUGAGCAAGUAACAAAAAAGAGAUAUUUCAAGAAUAUGUAAGGCAUCAUCGUAAGGACUUUAAGGGAGAAAGAUAGAAAAACCAUGGUAAACGUUCUGGAGAAUUUCCCAUACAAUACAUACGCAGUAUAUCCUCCAAAUAGCUUCUGAUUUGUGCUG